UACAGAACGGUACUCAACGUUUUAAUACCCAAAUAGCGUUCUGAAAGCAUAAAGUUAUGUGUCCACAUGAAAUAGAAAUCUAUUAGAACGCCUAGAAAGAUUACAGGAUUGGGAAGCAAGGUGGGUCUGAGAAGGGGUGUCUUCCUUGAUAAAUUCUCCCCCCAAAAAGCCCAAACAUCCUCCACUCCUCAAACCAUAAACUUACCAACACUUCAUCUUGGCGUCUCUGGAAAAGGAUUACUUCCCCUUCUCUGUACCUGGGAGCUUUACUCAUUUCGUGGUGGUUGUGUUUACUCUACACCAGGUAAGAGGUUUAUUAGCUUACUGUCUGGUACUAAUUGAACCUAAAAGACAAUACUUGGGUCUUCACCGGGCUUUCAUGGGUCAGCUGAUCCUCCUUCUACCAGGUAGGGGAACCGAGACCCAGGAGUGGUGGUGAGGAAAGCCAGGCUCAAACUUGGGCUCCCUCCAAGCCUCAUCAAAAACACGGGGCUCAGAAGGACUCGCUGUCUGGACGUCCUCCGGCCUCCCCGCCGCUACACGCGUGUUUACCGGAGGCCUCGCGGGGCGCUCACGUCUGCCCCGGAGUAGGUCGAGAGUGGAGACUACCAAGGCUCCGCCAGCCGGAGUCUGCGGGUCCGAGGCGGCCGCUCUCCCACGGCGCCUCCGCUCCAUCCCGCUCGCCACGCCUCGGGCCCGCCCCCACCGCCGCGCCUCCCGGUUAUCCGCUCGCGCCUCCGCCGGGUGCCGGGUCGGAAACAAAGGCGGGGGGCGGGGAGCGCACGGCGGCGGCGCCGCGGUCCGCCCUUCAUUCGGAGCCCGCGACGUCAGCGGCGGUGGCCGGGGCCCGUGCAGCGGGGGCGGGCAUGGGCGGCGGGGGCGGCGGGGGCAGCGGGGGCCUGGCCUGCGGCUAGCGCGAGCCGCCGAGCGAGCAGCGGGCGCGGUCGCCCGAUCCCGCCAUGAAGAAGAGCGGCUCCGGCAAGCGGGGGCCUCCGGAUGGAAACCAUCAGUCUGUGGCUCCCGAGAAGGUCGGCUGGGUCCGGAAAUUCUGCGGGAAAGGGAUUUUCAGGGAGAUUUGGAAAAACCGCUAUGUGGUGCUGAAAGGCGACCAGCUCUACGUCUCCGAGAAGGAGGCCCCCAACCUCAUCUUCCUGGCAGUAAGUCCUGAGGAAAAGGAAUCAUGGAUCAACGCCCUGAGUUCUGCCAUUACUAGAGCUAAAAACCGCAUCCUGGAUGAGGUCACCGUUGAGGAGGACAGCUAUCUUGCCCACCCUACCCGAGACAGAGCAAAAAUCCAACACUCCCGCCGUCCUCCAACCCGGGGACACCUCAUGGCUGUGGCUUCCACCUCUACCUCAGAUGGGAUGCUAACAUUAGACCUAAUCCAAGAAGAAGACCCUUCCCCUGAGGAGCCAGCCUCUUGUGCUGAGAGCUUUCGGGUCGAUCUGGACAAGUCUGUGGCCCAGCUGGCUGGCAGUCGACGGAGAGCGGACUCAGACAGGAUCCGUCCCUCUUCACACCGGGCAAGCAGCCUUUCUCGGCCUUGGGAAAGACCAGACAAGGGAGCCCCCUACACCCCACAAGCACUGAAGAAGUUACCCAGUACAGAGAAGAGCCGAUGUGCCUCCCUGGAGGAGAUCCUAUCCCAGAGGGACACUGCCCCAGCCCACCCUCUCCACCUUCAAGCUGAGGAAUCCCCAGCCCCUGUCCCCUCCCAGCCGGGGCAGCUGUCCCGGAUCCAGGACUUGGUAGCAAGGAAACUGGAGAAGACUCAGGAGCUGCUGGCAGAGGUUCAGGGACUGGGAGAUGGCAAAUGGAAGGCCAAGGACCCCCCACGGUCUCCACCCGACUCCCAGUCAGAGCAGCUGCUGCUGGAGACAGAGAGGCUGCUGGGAGAGGCUUCGUCUAACUGGAGCCAGGCGAAGAGAGUGCUGCAGGAAGUCAGGGAGCUGAGAGACCUGUACAGACAGAUGGACCUGCAGACCCCGGACUCCCACCUCAGACAGACCUCUCAGCACAGUCAAUACCGGAAGAGUCUGAUGUGAAGGAUGGGCUGGGCUGGGAUUUUGAGGGGCACAGACUCUUUAUCUCC